GCACUCUGUCAGAUAUUCCGCGUUUGCGUGCGUGAACAUUCAGUAUCCUCGAGGACACUUGUCUGUGAGAACGUGCAGGUGCACAGGUCAGAUCACGCGGAAGUGACGUGCGCGCUCACGAGAUUGGCGUUUAAACCGUCGGGAUUAGAUCGGAGGAGCUCAGCCGAGAUAAACGGUGCGAAGAGAAGAUACUUUGCGGUCGGCGCUAGAAGCAUCUCGGGAAAUGAGCGUCAACUUCUCUGGAGGUGUGUCAUAAUCCCCAACAGAACUCAUCUGUAAAGCCUCGCCACUCAUUUCCCGUCGGGUGAGGAGGGCAUCUGCCCAUGCACACGCACGGCACCAUGGGAAGCUCCCCAGAGGUGCUGUCCUGGACGUCCUGUCCCAGCCUGCUGGUGGGGAAGCUGAAGGAGGAGCUGAAGCUCACGGUCGUCGGUGACUCCAUGAAGAAAACCAACACUAAUGUUUCUCCUCAAACGCUGCUUCCGCCGGCACCACCUCCGCCGCAGAUCAUCGCAGACCUGGCUCCGCCCACCACCCUUCCCAUGCCACUGCAUCAUCUGCAGCUCCCCUGCAGGGACGCCGAGGCGGGUGGCACCAGCCCUCCGUGCACGGCCCUCAGCGAGGACUCGACGCGGGAGCAGGGACACUUCGAGAACAGCGUGCUGCAGCUGCAGGAGCACGAGGAGGCCGAGAAGCCGGGGUCCUGUGGUGAGGGAGGCUGCGGAAGCGGCGCGGAGGAGAAAAACGAGGAGGACGGGUGUCCGAUGAACCACAGCGCGGACUACAUGCACCACCAUCCACAUGAUGACUUCAAACUGCACUUUCACAGAGCCGGGACGGGCAGCGGCGGAUUCCUAGAGGGACUGUUCGGAUGCUUGAGACCUGUGUGGAAUAUUAUCGGGAAAACAUACUCGACUGAGUACAAACUUCAGCAGCAAGACACGUGGGAGGUGCCGUUCGAGGAGAUCUCUGAGCUGCAGUGGCUGGGCAGCGGAGCUCAGGGUGCCGUGUUCCUCGGAAAGUUUCGCUCCGAAGAGGUCGCCAUCAAGAAAGUCCGAGAGCAGAAGGAGACUGAUAUCAAACACCUGCGCAAGCUGAAGCACCCCAACAUCAUCAGCUUCAAGGGGGUUUGCACGCAGGCCCCGUGUUACUGCAUCAUCAUGGAGUAUUGUGCUCAAGGGCAGCUGUACGAGGUUCUCAGGGCCGGUCGUAAGAUCACGCCACGGCUGCUGGUGGACUGGGCCUCAGGGAUCGCCAGCGGCAUGAACUACCUGCACAUCCACAAGAUCAUCCACAGAGACCUCAAGUCACCAAAUGUGCUAGUCACUCAAAAUGACAACAUGAAGAUCUCAGACUUUGGAACAUCUAAAGAGCUCAGUGACAAGAGCAUGAAGAUGUCAUUUGCCGGUACGGUGGCCUGGAUGGCUCCCGAAGUGAUCCGGAAUGAGCCGGUGUCGGAGAAAGUAGACAUAUGGUCGUUCGGGGUGGUGUUAUGGGAGCUGCUGACUGGUGAGAUCCCCUAUAAGGACGUGGACUCGUCUGCCAUCAUCUGGGGUGUGGGGAGUAACAGCCUCCACCUGCCUGUGCCGUCCACCUGUCCCGACGGCUUCAAGAUCCUCAUGAAACAGACCUGGCAAGGUAAACCCAGAAACCGGCCGUCCUUCAGGCAGAUCCUUCUCCAUCUGGAUAUCGCCUCGGCGGAUGUGCUCGGGACGCCACAGGAGACCUACUUCAAAUCUCAGGCGGGAUGGAGAGAGGAGGUGAAGAAGCAUUUCGAGAAGAUCAAGAGCGAAGGCACCUGCAUCCAUCGACUGGACGAGGAGCUCAUUCGGCGCAGAAGAGACGAGCUCAGACACGCUCUGGAUAUCCGAGAGCAUUACGAGAGGAAACUGGAGCGAGCCAAUAACCUGUACAUGGAGCUCAGCGCUAUCAUGCUGCAGCUGGAGGUGCGAGAGAAAGAGCUGCUCAAGAGGGAGCAGGCUGUGGAGAAGAAGUAUCCCGGCACGUACAAACGCCAUCUGGUUCGGCCCAUUGUGCGGCCCAACGCUGUGGAGAAGCUCAUUAAGAAGAAGAGCGGCAUGAACCAUAAGCCCGGGACACAGCAGCCAAAGAGGUGAGUGAUCCGUGAAGACACGGGCUUAUCAUCUUCGGGCUUCUUCCGGGUUGUUAGGAGUUGUGAGGGUGGUCGAAAGUGUCUAGGGAAAGCCCGGUACCGCAGUAAGCCCCGCCACCGGAGGGCCAACAGCAAAGGCAGUCACAGUGAGUUCCCAGGGGCCCUCAAACCCAAUUCAGGGCCGUCGGAGGAGCAGCAGCCCCUACAGGAGCAGAGCUACCAUCACCAUCAUCACCCUCCGCCCGAGGGCCCGCUGUUACCGGUGCAGAAACGUGAAAUCGCCGUAGCCACCUGCGCCAACAACCUGCGCUACUUCGGCCCGGCCGCCGCCCUCCGCAGCCCACAGACCGACCACCUCCAGCGCAGACUGUCCGGCUCCAGCCCGGACCUCAUUUCCACCACCGUAGACGCUGAUUCACGGCACCGCAGGUCCUCCAUACCUCCCUCCGCGGGCUCCGGUCCGGGGCCGCUGUGUCCCUGCUGCCAGGCGCAUCCGUUCCCCGGCUGCAUGCACUGUCAGGAGACGCCAGCCGCUCCCAGUCACCCCCAGCUCCCUCAUUACUCACUGCUGAGCACCAGCGAAGGGACGCCACCCGCCGUCAAGAGAGCCACCGGAGAGCAGCCAGAGCAGAGAUCGUCCAGCGGCCUGCUGCACUCGCUCAGACCUCUGAGAAACGGGAGAGACGAGUCUUCUGAGGAGGAGGAAGGAGAGGUUGACAGUGAAGUGGAGUUUCCACGCAAACAGCGGCCUAAUCGCUGUAUGAACAGCUUUAAGUCGUACUCCACCUUCAGCUCGGAGAACCUGUCGGUGUCUGACGGCGAGGAGGGAAACACCAGCGAUCACUCGCACAGCGGCCCGCUGGAGCAGCUCAGCGCUAGUCAGGAGGAGCAUCUGGACGAGCUCCUGUCCCACACGCCUGAGAUCCCCAUCGACAUCUCCACGCAGUCCGACGGUCUGUCCGAUAAAGAGUGCGCCGUCCGCCGGGUCAAGACCCAGAUCUCUCUGGGCAAGCUGUGUGCUGAUGAGCACAGCUACGAGAAUCCGCUGCAUUUCGGAGAUUCCGACGGCGACACGUCGGAUGCAGAAUGUUCCGACGCAACCAUCAGGAACAAACAGCCCUGCGCACCUUCAUCCUGGUGAGCGCCAGCCUUCGGAGGAAACACGGCAAUAAUGACCCGUCUCAUCAGCCCUUCCCAUAAUGCACCUCUCUCUCUCUCUCUCUCUCUGAGCAUCUCAGGCAGAUUCCUCUGAAUGAUGAUAACGUAGCUAGAGAAACACGCAUAACUUAUUUUAUUACGAGCCGGAGGAAACGCAAAACGAAAUCAGGAACUCAGACUUACUCGGAGUAUUAGCGCUGAAGUGUUCAAGCAGUUAGAAGGUGACUGAAGUCUGGAAGGAUGUGUGUACUGUAAAGAUGUCUGUAGGUACGAGAGCGAAAGUGUUAAGUGCGUAGCUUGAGGAUCCACAGACACAGAUGAGCCUCGGCGACGUGCUACUUCCUGCGUUUACAGAAACGACGCCCUUCAGGAUCACUUCAGUUUGAGCACCAGCAGGAACGAUGUCCUUCUUUUGCCCUUGUUGACUUCCUGGAUGUGUGGAGAUAUCCCAGCAUGCCUGCUUGGUCGGCAUUUGAUCAGCCAAUCAGAUUGCUGCUGCUGCUGCUCACCUCUGCGGACGAACAGGAAGUCAAAGAACAACCGCUCUAGUCUUUAACGAUCACAUCAGUGUUUGGACUGAAGCGGAGCAGCUUUUUUCUCAUCUCAGGACUGUGUUUGAGGAGAGCAGUGAAAGUGU